GGGACUUCAGAAAGUCGUGGGCACCCGGGGGGCGGGGGUACGGGCAGCAGUGUGCGGGGGCGGGAAGCAAACGCGCCAACCACGCGUGUCCGCGCGCAGGUGCCGGGGGCGGCGGCGGCAACUCCGCAGCGGCCGCCCGGGAGGAGAGUUCGCGGCAGCUCUCGGGAUGCUCCUAGAUGCAAGAUGUGUCUCUGGCCAGCAGGAGGAAGGAAGAGGAAGUGAGAGCAGCGGCAGCCGGCGGCAGCGGCCGGCGACCCGAGUGUAUAGACACGUGUGACGGUCCGCACAGUAGAAUCCCCAUUUCCACUGGCUUUGGACUUCCUCUGGUCCCACAAUGCCUCCGCCUGCUGAUAUCGUGAAGGUGGCCAUAGAAUGGCCUGGAGCCUACCCUAAACUCAUGGAAAUUGACCAGAAAAAACCACUGUCUGCAAUAAUAAAGGAAGUCUGUGAUGGGUGGUCUCUUGCCAACUAUGAAUAUUUUGCGCUGCAGCAUGCUGAUAGUUCAAACUUCUACAUCACCGAAAAGAAUCGCAAUGAAAUAAAGAAUGGCACUAUCCUCCGAUUAACUACAUCGCCAGCUCAAAAUGCCCAGCAGCUUCAUGAGCGAAUACAGUCAGCAAGUAUGGAUGCCAAGUUGGAAGCCCUGAAGGACUUGGCCAGCCUCUCCCGGGAUGUUACCUUUGCUCAGGAGUUCAUAAACCUGGAUGGCAUCACACUCCUCACUCACAUGGUGGAAACUGGCACUGACCGAUACCAGAAGUUGCAGAAGAUUAUGAAGCCCUGCUUUGGAGACAUGUUGUCCUUCACUCUCACAGCCUUUGUGGAGCUAAUGGACCAUGGCAUUGUGUCAUGGGAUACAUUCUCAGUGGCGUUCAUUAAGAAGAUAGCAAGCUUUGUGAACAAAUCUGCCAUAGACAUCUCAAUCUUGCAGCGGUCAUUGGCCAUCUUGGAGUCAAUGGUUCUCAACAGCCAUGACCUCUACCAGAAGGUAGCACAGGAGAUCACCAUUGGCCAACUCAUUCCUCAUCUUCAGGGGACAGACCAAGAAAUCCAAACUUACACCAUUGCUGUAAUUAACGCACUUUUCCUGAAGGCCCCCGACGAGAGGAGGCAGGUUGAUGUAGAGAGCAAUGUUGACAUCCUUGAUUGUCCUCUGACUGAGAUGGCUAAUAUUCUGGCUCAGAAGCAGCUGCGCUACAUCAUUUUAACACAUGUCAUCCGAGCACAGCGAGCCAUCAACAAUGAGAUGGCACACCAGUUAUAUGUUCUCCAAGUGCUGACCUUCAACCUUCUGGAAGACAGGAUGAUGACCAAGAUGGACCCCCAGGACCAGGCUCAAAGAGACAUCAUAUUUGAACUUCGAAGAAUUGCUUUUGAUGCAGAGUCGGAACCUAGCAACAGCAGUGGCAGCAUGGAGAAGCGCAAGUCCAUGUACACACGGGACUACAAAAAGCUCGGCUUCAUUAAUCAUGUCAAUCCUGCCAUGGACUUCACGCAGACCCCUCCUGGGAUGCUGGCCCUCGACAACAUGUUGUAUUUCGCUAAGCAUCACCAGGAUGCAUACAUCCGGAUCGUGCUUGAGAACAGCAGCCGGGAAGAUAAGCAUGAGUGCCCCUUCGGCCGCAGCAGUAUAGAACUGACCAAGAUGCUCUGUGAGAUCCUGAAAGUGGGCGAGCUGCCUAGUGAGACCUGUAAUGACUUCCACCCGAUGUUCUUCACCCAUGACAGAGCUUUUGAGGAGUUUUUCUGCAUUUGUAUCCAGCUUCUGAACAAAACAUGGAAGGAAAUGAGAGCAACUUCUGAAGACUUCAACAAGGUAAUGCAGGUGGUGAAGGAGCAGGUUAUGAGAGCGCUUACAACCAAGCCUAGCUCCCUGGACCAGUUCAAGAGCAAACUGCAGAACCUGAGCUACACUGAGAUCCUGAAAAUCCGCCAGUCUGAGAGGAUGAACCAGGAGGAUUUCCAGUCUCGCCCGAUUUUGGAACUAAAGGAGAAGAUCCAGCCAGAAAUCUUAGAGCUGAUCAAACAGCAACGCCUGAACCGCCUUGUGGAAGGGACCUGCUUUAGGAAACUCAACGCCCGUCGGAGACAAGACAAGUUUUGGUAUUGUCGGCUUUCACCAAAUCACAAGGUCUUACAUUAUGGCGACUUGGAAGAGAGUCCCCAAGGGGAAGUGCCCCACGAUUCCCUGCAGGACAAAUUGCCGGUGGCAGAUAUCAAAGCAGUGGUGACGGGAAAGGACUGUCCUCAUAUGAAAGAGAAAGGUGCCCUUAAACAAAACAAGGAGGUGCUCGAACUUGCUUUCUCCAUCUUAUAUGACUCAAAUUGCCAACUGAAUUUUAUUGCUCCUGACAAGCAUGAGUAUUGUAUCUGGACAGAUGGGCUGAAUGCACUGCUUGGGAAGGACAUGAUGAGUGACCUGACACGGAAUGACCUGGACACCCUGCUGAGCAUGGAGAUCAAGCUACGCCUGUUGGACCUGGAAAACAUCCAGAUCCCAGAUGCACCUCCGCCCAUCCCCAAGGAGCCCAGCAACUAUGACUUUGUCUAUGACUGUAACUGAAGUGGCUGGGCCCCGGAUACAUUCCUCCCAAACUGGAAGAUGUAGCUAUCAGCAGAGAGGAGCGCAAACACAUCCACAUAUUGGGACUGUUCUUUGGUGGAGGGAAGCUGCAGGUCAACCCUUCCUUUGGCCUCAUUUCCAGCCCUGACUUUUUUUUUCUGACCCUUUCAUGGCAUAUCACCAUCUCCUACAACCUAUUUCUUCACUCUGCUUGAGAUCAUUUCCCACUGCUACAGCUCACUGAUGCAAAAGUCACCACUAGUAAGAAAGUCAGAGGGUCCCCUCAUUCUAACCUGCUGUAGGCAUAUCUUUCCUCACUACCUUGCCUGGAGUAGGAGAGCCAGUUAGGCCCAAGCUGCCUCAGAUGUACUCACCAAACCAGAGAAAUGCCUAAGGCCAGGGUUGGGUAAGAAAGCUCUACUCUAGAACAAGAAGACCAAAGGCCACUACCUUCUACCCUUUUUCUCUAGGGUCAGUCUAUGUCAUCAGCUCUAUGUGAGUUGAGAUCAUUUCCACAUCUCCCCUCUCUCCCUUCCCUGUCUUGGCCUUGCCCUGGUCCACUUUGGUCUCAUGUGUAGCAGCAACAGCCUCAUUAUAGUCCUCUACAGCGUCAGGUCUCCCAAACAGUCACAUGCCUGCUCCUUGUCUGCAAUGUUGACCAUGGCCAUGACCAGCCUCUCCAUCACUCUAGCUAGUAAUGGGCUUCCUCUCACUGCCCAGCCUAGACCUGCCUUCUUCAUUUCUUCAAGCUCCCAGCCUUUAGCAGAAAGCACAAAUGAAAUCAGUAGUCCUGCUCCGUCUCUAAUAGACUAAACCUAACCGCUUCUAAGGCGGCUGUAGCUACCCAGCAGCUCCACAUCACCUUCUCCCUGGGGCUCCUGCUACAAUCCGGGUUCUCCAGGGUGAUCAAGCUGUCAGACAUCUAAGUUUACAUCGUUGUAAUUAUUAUAGGUCUUUACGAUUUACAAGGGUUAGGGGUUAUUUUGUUUUGUUUUGUUUUGUUUUUUGGCUUUGUUUUUGUAUAAAAGAGUCUAACAUUUUUUGCCAAACAGAUAUAUAUUUAAUGAAAAGAAGAGAUACAUAAAUGUGUGUACUUUCCAGUUUUUUUUUAAUUAUUUUAAUCCCAAACAUCUUCCCAAGAAUAACAUUCCCUUAAACAUGCUGUGGAAUAAAAUUAAAUGUGAUGAGA